AUGUCGGGCUGGGAAGGUGGCAGAAAGAAGCCCCUGAAACAGCCCAAGAAACAGGCCAAGGAAAUGGACGAGGAAAAUAAGGCUUUCAAACAGAAACAAAAAGAGGAGCAGAAGAAACUUGAGGAGCUAAAAGCCAAGGCCGCGGGGAAGGGACCCCUGGCCACAUGUGGAAUUAAUAAAUCUGGCAAAAAGUAA